CAGGGUGGGACAGAAGUUGGGGGCAGUCACUGGAGGGUGUGAGGUGCCGGGGAGGAAAGAAGCAUUUGGAGCAGAGGAAGAUGGAGCUUGGGCCUGUUCCUCUGUCUGGGCUGGGGGAUGACGGAGCCUCUCUCUUUCCCCUCUGGCCCAGAUAGCACCAUGCAAGGGAACCCCAUGAUCUUGACUCAGCUUGGAGAGGGGGAUUUGGGGCUGGAUCAGCAGGGAGUGGGAAGAGGGGCUGUUUAAAGACGGCCUGCCCGAAGCGGGGAUGGGCUAGGAGGCAGUGGGGUCUGCUCUAGAAAGGGUGGGGCAGAGAGGAAAUGGUGGGGGUGGAGGCUCAGUCUCUCUCCACGUGUUUCUCCUGGUUGUGGCUGUUGGUAGGGGAGUUCCAGCAAUGCUCCAAAUAGAAAAGCUAACGCUCUGCACCAUGGAUUGGCAGCCAGACGAGCAGGGACUACAGCAAGUGCUGCAGUUACUCAAAGAUUCUCAGUCUCCUAACACUGCCACACAGCGUGUUGUCCAGGACAAACUGAAGCAACUGAACCAAUAUCCUGACUUCAAUAACUACCUGAUAUUUGUCUUGACACGGCUGAAAUCGGAAGAUGAACCGACGCGCUCGCUCAGCGGGCUGAUCCUGAAGAACAACGUGAAGGCGCACUACCAGAGCUUCAGGAUUCUCAUUACGACCAUCGCUUCCAAGGGGGAGCUGCAGAUGUGGCCAGAGCUGCUGCCGCAGCUGUGCAACUUGCUGAACUCGGAGGACUACAACACGUGGAUUCUCAUUCCGCCCAUCGCUUCCAAGGGGGAGCUGCAGAUGUGGCCGGAGCUCCUGCCGCAGCUGUGCAACUUGCUGAACUCGGAGGACUACAACACGUGUGAGGGGGCCUUCGGGGCCUUGCAGAAGAUCUGUGAGGAUUCCUCCGAGCUCCUGGACAGUGAUGCUCUGAAUCGACCCCUGAACAUCAUGAUCCCUAAGUUCCUUCAGUUCUUCAAGCACUGCAGCCCCAAGAUCAGGUCCCAUGCCAUCGCCUGUGUGAACCAGUUCAUUAUGGACCGAGCUCAGGCGCUGAUGGACAACAUCGACACCUUCAUCGAGCACUUGUUCGCGCUGGCGGUGGACGAAGAUCCCGAGGUUCGGAAGAACGUCUGCCGGGCGCUGGUGAUGCUGCUGGAGGUCCGGAUCGACCGCCUGAUCCCUCACAUGCACAGUAUCAUCCAGUACAUGCUGCAGAGGACCCAGGACAACGAUGAGAACGUGGCCUUGGAAGCCUGCGAGUUCUGGCUGACGCUAGCCGAGCAGCCCAUCUGCAAAGAGGUGCUGUCCUCCCAUCUGGUGCAAUUGAUUCCGAUCUUGGUGAAUGGAAUGAAAUACUCUGAAAUCGAUAUCAUAUUGCUAAAGGGCGAUGUGGAGGAGGACGAGGCCAUCCCAGACAGCGAGCAGGACAUCAAGCCCCGCUUCCACAAGUCGCGCACCGUCACCCUGCAGCACGAGGAGGAGCGGCCACAGGACGACGAGGACGGGGAGGACGAGGACGACGACGACGACACGCUGUCGGACUGGAACCUGAGGAAGUGUUCGGCCGCAGCCCUGGACGUCCUGGCCAACGUGUUCCGCGACGAGCUCCUCCCGCAUCUCCUCCCGCUGCUCAAGGGGCUGCUCUUCCACCCCGAGUGGGUCAUCAAGGAGUCCGGGAUUCUCGUGCUGGGCGCCAUCGCCGAAGGCUGCAUGCAGGGCAUGGUGCCCUACCUCCCGGAGCUCAUCCCGCACUUGAUCCAGUGCCUCUCGGACAAGAAGGCCCUGGUGCGCUCCAUCGCCUGCUGGACCCUCAGCCGCUACGCCCACUGGGUGGUGAGCCAGCCCCCCGACAUGCACCUAAAGCCGCUGAUGACGGAGCUGCUCAAACGCAUCCUGGACAGCAACAAGAGGGUGCAGGAGGCGGCCUGCAGCCCCUUUGCCACCCUGGAGGAGGAGGCCUGUACAGAGCUGGUCCCUUAUCUCAGCUUCAUCCUGGACACGCUGGUGUUUGCCUUUGGGAAGUACCAGCACAAGAACCUGCUGAUCCUGUACGACGCGAUUGGCACCCUGGCCGAUUCCGUGGGGCAUCACUUAACCCAGCCGGAGUACAUCCAGAAGUUGAUGCCCCCCCUGAUUCAGAAGUGGAACGAACUGAAGGAUGAGGACAAGGAUCUCUUCCCUCUGUUAGAAUGUUUGUCAUCUGUAGCAACCGCUCUCCAGAGUGGCUUCCUCCCGUACUGUGAACCCGUCUACCAGCGCUGCGUGACGCUGGUGCAGAAAACGCUCGCGCAGGCCAUGAUGUACAAUCAGCAGCCCGACCAGUACGAGGCCCCCGACAAGGACUUCAUGAUCGUGGCCCUGGAUCUGUUGAGCGGCUUGGCGGAGGGUCUAGGCUGCCACGUGGAGCAGCUGGUGGCUAGAAGCAACAUUAUGACGCUGCUGUUCCAGUGCAUGCAGGACACCAUGCCGGAGGUUCGGCAGAGCUCCUUCGCCCUCCUGGGAGACCUCACCAAGGCCUGCUUCCUGCACGUCAAGCCCUGCAUCGCUGAGUUCAUGCCCAUCCUGGGCACCAACCUGAACCCGGAGUUUAUCUCGGUGUGCAACAACGCCACCUGGGCCAUCGGGGAGAUCUGCAUGCAGAUGGGGGCGGAAAUGCAGCCGUACGUCCAGAUGGUCCUGAACAACCUGGUGGAGAUUAUCAACCGGCCCAACACCCCCAAAACGCUGCUGGAGAACACGGCCAUCACCAUCGGACGGCUGGGCUACGUCUGCCCUCAGGAGGUCGCACCGAUGCUACAGCAGUUUAUCCGACCCUGGUGCACGUCUCUACGGAAUAUCCGCGAUAACGAAGAGAAGGACUCUGCCUUCCGCGGCAUCUGCAUGAUGAUCGGGGUGAAUCCCGGUGGAGUCGUGCAGGACUUUAUUUUCUUCUGCGAUGCUGUAGCCUCGUGGGUGAGCCCUAAGGAUGACCUGCGGGACAUGUUUUAUAAGAUCCUUCAUGGCUUCAAAGACCAAGUUGGCGAGGAGAACUGGCAGCAGUUCUCGGAACAGUUCCCCCCUCUGCUGAAAGAGAGGCUAGCGGCGUUCUACGGGGUCUAGGCAACACAGAGAAACCGUGCUAGGUUCCUGUAUGUGCUGGGAGGGUUACUGGGAACUCGUCCACAGGUGUUGCAGAGCCCUGUUAAUGGGGGGUUAGGGAGGAAGGGAGGAGCAAUGUGGGACAUAAAAUGACUUCCCUCCCCAUCUCCUGACAUUAAAGGGGGGGACCUCCGAGAUCAAUUCAAACAAGCAACCAGGGAAUCUCAGUGGUUGGGAAAAGGGGCUCUUUCCCCUUUUUUCCAGAGGUCAUCUCUGGUAGAGGGGGAGGGGGUGGGAGUUGGCCGUGGGCCAAAAUCGGGGAGCGAUCUUAAAAUGCAACACUUCCUGAGAAGGGGAUCUAACUAGGGCCAUAAUAGAAAAGGACUAGCUUUAUAAUAAUAUAAUUGUAAACAAUAAAUUAAAGGCUAGGUUUUAAAAACAGACAUGAAUAAACAGCUAAAAUUGGAUAAAAAGUGCGAAUGGUGAAAACGCUAGCUGUCGAAUAGAAGGGUUCAACUAUAAUAAACACAAGGGGUUAUACUACUGUAUAAAUAUUACCAGUCACCGGUGUUUGAGAUCAGCUUUUCCUCACCUCUUCGAGACUGCAUGGUGACAGAAGUAGACUAGCAAUCCUGUGAGUAGCCCAUAAUUAAGUGUAAUCGUUUUUCAUCUAGAAACUUAAAUCAGCAGGGAAAAAAACCCACCCUUUUCUGAAAUAGUUUCCACGGCGUCAUUUACUGGACGCGAUGCACAAAAAAUCCCAACUCAUAAGGACCUCCUGAGUUGAAAUCCAGUCGAUUUCUGUUGGGAAGGGGGUCCUUGUAACACAUACUGUUGGAGAAGCAUGUUUAAAAAAAAUCAAUCUACAGUGCAGUGAUUAACCUUAACCUCUUAACCUAUCCUUCAGCUACAGACGGAGGAAGGCGAACGUGACGAGGGUGGGGAUUCCGAGUGAUGCAGUUGCAUUGUCCAUAGGCUAGAUAUCCAGUCUCCGCUUGGUUUAUAGCGUACCUGAUCAGAGAGGUGUACUGCACUCCGUCCGGAGUAACAUCAUUCAUUACGGUUAAUUACGCUUUCUGUCUUAAUGGAGUUUAUGCCACAUCUGCCACUUCAGUUUACAAAAUAAAUCAGGGCAGUCAAGAUAGCAGAGCACGGAGGGGAUGGAAGUGUAGCUUUGUGUAGGCAGCCGUCAGAUUUCUUGUUAAGAUAAGUCCAUAAAUUCUGCUACAUGCUCCGUUGGAGUCUUAGCAAAAGACUCCCAUAAAUUUUACUCCCUGGUUUUUUAAAACCAAGAGAUCGGGGAUGGUUAUGCUGAAAGCUCUUGACUUAGUGUAACCACAGCUUUUUAACUGUCUGAGGGAAUGUGCUGUGAAACCAUCUUAUGACAGCCUGCAUGUUUUUUGACUUGCUGUUAGUCAUAAGGUAGCUGGGAGUGGGGAGUACAAGAAUAAUUGAGGGGGUGGCAGGGUGCUUUCUAGUUGUCGGGAGGAGUCUGACUGUUGGAUCUGUCUGGAAUCAACUGAGCUGUGGGCUGCAGAGAAACCAUUUCCCAAAGAGCCAAGGGAAAUGCCAGUUCUGCAAGAAAUGCGCCGCUGGGACACUGAAUUUCUCCAAGUGCAGGAUGGGGAGAAGUCUUCACCAGCGCCUUCCUGGGUUUCUGCUUUCUGACUUUAAAGAAAAACAAACUGAAAGUCACUCAGGUGACAGCAGGACCAACCUGUGGUUGAACUGACAAAAGUCGGACCCUUCUCAAGGCUGAAGCUGCGCCUGUUGCAAAAGUGCUUGAGAGGAACCCACCGUCUCCUUUUGGGUAGCAAGGUCGUGGGGGGAAAAGCCAGUUUACUAAGGCAGCAGCUGGUCGUGCUAGGAUCAGCCAUGUUGCACCUGUGUCUAUUGAAAGCAUUUGUUUGCGGGAUCACUUAGUAACUUAAGCUUCACUGAUCCUUUCCUUUCAUCCUCCCUGGUUAUUUUUCAUCACUCCCUUUUUUAAAACUUGUUUUAAUGCCCUCCAAAUCUCUGGCUCUGGAGUUCACCCAGGUAACCAUCCAGCAUGGCACCCUGGCUGUGUCAUCGUGCUUUCACUAGCUGGUGUACCCCAGCCUUGUUCUCGACUGUCUUUCUUGCUGAAGGUCUGAACGGUGGGGAGAGACGCAAGAAGCAUCCAGCUCCAAGUACAUCUCUACCUUAGGAGAAGGAAGGGAUUGGGAAUUAAUUCAAUGCAUUCCUUCAAGUCCACCUCUUUUUUUUAUUAUUUUUAUUUUUUAUUGAUAUAAGACUUGAGCAGGUCUCUGGGAAACUAUACAGUGUUUUUUCUCUUUUGCAUUUUAAUGAUUGAUUUUUAAGCAUUCCCUUUCCCUGCAUUCCUCCUCCAGUAAGGGAUGAAAUGAAUUUCCAUUAGAGCAGGGUUCUGGUGUGAUCUUUUUAAAUGCCUGAAUAAGAACUCUACGGCUAAGUAAAGCAUCACAGCUUACUUCGUAUGUAGUAUUUUAAAAGGGUUUUAAGUUCCCAAAGUAUAGGAAGAUGAAAGGCUGUGAACUCUUGGACAGUGAAGUUUAAGCUACUUGACCUGACUGCCUCUUGAAAUGGAUUUUUUUUUGUAUUAAGUGCUUCUAGUUUUUUGCCUCCUGUUUGUUAACCCUGGAUUUGUAUAUUUGUAAAUGUGCUGUACUGUUUCCUAUGGUGACAGUGUACCUAGUGUUGAAGCCGCUGCUUGCACCUUCCUGAAAUGAGGUUUUUCUCAUUUUAUGUAUAAUUUUGUCAACUAAAAAAGAAAACCCAAGCAAAUUUCAUGGGACUCCGUCUGCAGGCAA